AUGAUCACGAAAGCAAGGGCGGGAUACUACGCACCUGUAUUCCGACCUACGGCUUGGCAACUUGCCCAUGCCACAUUCUAUGGGGAUGAAACUGCUUCAGAAACUAUGGGCGGAGCUUGUGGUUAUGGAAACUUGUUCAGCACUGGGUACGGCACCGACACGGCGGCACUAAGCUCAGUUCUAUUCAACAAUGGGUAUGGAUGUGGACAGUGCUUUCAAAUUCGUUGUGUUCAAUCGCAGUGGUGUUACAAAGGAUCACCAAUAACCACUGUUACCGCCACCAACCUUUGCCCGCCCAACUGGGCUCAAGACUCAAACAAUGGCGGCUGGUGCAAUCCGCCACGAACGCACUUCGAUAUGUCGAAGCCAGCAUUCAUGAAAAUUGCUCAAUGGAAGGCUGGGAUUGUACCUGUCAUGUUCCGCAGAGUGACAUGUGUUAGGAAAGGCGGCCUUCGGUUCUCCUUUCAAGGGAACGGCUAUUGGCUACUUGUGUAUGUGAUGAACGUUGCUGGUGGCGGAGACAUAGCCCAAAUGUGGGUGAAGGGAAGCAAAACAGGGUGGAUAAGCAUGAGCCACAAUUGGGGAGCUUCAUACCAAGCAUUUGCCACUCUUGGAGGGCAAGCCCUUUCUUUCAAGAUAACUUCAUACACAUCCCAUGAGACUACUAUUGCAUGGAAUGUAGCCCCUUCAAAUUGGCAAGUAGGAAUGGCUUAUAGUUCCAAUGUCAACUUCCAUUGA